AUGGCCUUUUCUCACAUUCCCAGCAACAGAAUUUGUAUUCUGGAGCUGCAAUUGCCUCUACUUCUUCAUCUCCUCCACCACACAAGAUUCUACCGCUUCAGAAGCCUCCGCUUUCAAGCUUUUGGCAGAUUCAUAUCCCUUCCGACUAAUCACAAACUUCUUACAGUCUAUGACUACAAGAAUGAAGCAACAGAAGCAAUGAUUGAAAGCUCCAAGAAGAUGGAGCCGAAUAUUGUGUUUGGGGAAAACCCUUCUGGUUUUAGCUGUUUAUUCGUGAAGAAGUCUAGUAUCUCAGUGCUAAACAAAUCCUCCACAAGCAUUGGUGUUGUCAGUCUUAUCCCAACAGGAAACCUUUUUAGACAAUCCACUAUCUCUGAAACAGAAAGUAAAGAUCAAAUUGUGACCUUAGGAAUGUUGUUCAGGAGAGAGGAAGCAGGAUUGCUUAGCUCAUCCUUUAGCUCAAGUGAAGAAGCCUUUGAAUUGCAGGAAGUUAAAGAAGAUGGCAGCAAAACUCAGGAGGAACCAUCAUUUUCCGAGUUAUUAAAAUCAGAUAAAAGGGUUGUCUCAAAUGAUGCAAGUCCCAGUGGUAUAAGAAGCUCAGAAACGAUUGAAUGCAGGGGAUUAGAUCAUGCAGAUGAAGUAGGCCUAAUUGUGAUCAGUAGCAGAAAUCGGUACCACAUAAACUGGCUAGUAAAUGCAUUGCUGUGCCUUCGACAUCCACAUUCAGAAAAUGGGGCUGCCUUAGUUAAAAUCUACGGACCAAAAAUAAGCAUUAACCGAGCACCGGCUGUGGCUUUCAAUGUAUUUGACUGGAAAGGAGACAAAAUCGAUCCAAUUCUUGUACAGAAGUUAGCUGACCGAAACAAUGUUUCUCUUGCAUGCGGAUUCUUGCAGCAUGUGUGGUUUGAAAACAAUUAUAAGGAAGAGAAGCAGAAAAUAUUAGAGAAGGAAAACACUGAAAGAAGAGAAGUGGAGCACAAAAAAAGGGAGGUCAAUUUGAUUCGGAAAUUUCUGUGUCUCAGCUUCUGUCAGGUUUUUGACCAACUUUGA